AUGAAGGGUAUUGGGAUAGGGACAGCAGCGAAGGAUGUAAGGAUAGGGAACAGUGUUGGGACAGGGAAGGGUGUUAGGCUAGGAAAGGGUAUUGGGGUAGGGACAGCAGCGAAGGAUGCAAGGAUAGGGAAUAAUGUUGGCACAGGGAAGGGUGUUAGGCUAGGAAAGGGUAUUGGGAUAGGGACAGCAGCGAAGGAUGUAAGGAUAGGGGACAGUGUUGGGACAGGGAAGGGUGUUAGGCUAGGAAAGGGUGUUGGGAUAGGGACAGCAGCGAAGGAUGCAAGGAUAGGGAACAGUGUUGGGCCAGGGAAGAGUGUUAGGCUAGGAAAGGGUAUUGGGAUAGGGACAGCAGCGAAGGAUGUAAGGAUAGGGAACAAUGUUGGGACAGGGAAGGGUGUUAGGCUAGGAAAUGGUAUUGGGAUAGGGACAGCAGCGAAGGAUGCAAGGAUAGGGAACAGUGUUGGGACAGGGAAGAGUGUUAGGCUAGGAAAGGGUAUUGGGAUAGGGACAGCAGCGAAGGAUGCAAGGAUAGGGAACAGUGUUGGGACAGGGAGGAGUGUUAGGCUAGGAAAGGGUAUUGGGAUAGGGACAGCAGCGAAGGAUGAAAGGAUAGGAAACAGUCUUUGGACAAGGCAGGGUGUUAGGCUAAUGAAGGGUAUUGGGAUAGAGACAGCAACGAAGGAUGUAAGGAUAGGGAACAGUGUUGGGACAGGGAACGGUGUUAGGCUAGGAAAUGGUAAUGGGAUUAGGGACAGCAGCGAAGGAU